GGGAAGAGGAAGAAUGGUAGGGGGAGGGAGAGAGAGGAAGAGUUUCCAAACUUGUCUCCAGUGACAGGAGACAUUGACGCUCAGUGAGAUAAAACUGCCACUUAGAGCCCAGGGGAGCUAAACCUUCCUGGGUUGGCCUGGGGGCUUGAGCAGAGUCAUGGAUUCUCUGGCCCUGCAGCUGUGCGCUCUCCUCUGCCUGGCGGCUCACUCUGCUUCUGGAAGCCCUAUCAUGAGCCUGGAGCAGUCGCCUCUGGAAGAAGACAUGCCCCUCUUCGAUGAUGUCUUCUCGGAGCAAGAUGGUGUUGACUUUGACACACUGCUGCAGAGCAUGAAGAACGAGUUUCUCAAAACAUUGAACCUGUCUGACAUCCCCAUGCAGGACUCCGCCAGGGUGGACCCCCCAGAGUACAUGUUGGAACUCUACAACAAGUUUGCCACCGACCGCACCUCCAUGCCAUCUGCCAACAUCAUCAGGAGUUUCAAAAAUGAAGAGUUGUUUUCCCAACCAGCCAGUUUUAAUGGGCUCAGAAAAUACCCUCUCCUCUUCAAUGUGUCCAUCCCCCACCAUGAAGAGGUCAUCAUGGCUGAACUUCGGUUGUACACACUGGUGCAAAGAGAUCGCAUGAUAUAUGAUGGAGUGGACCGGAAAAUUACAAUUUUUGAAGUACUUGAGAACACAGAGGACAACGAGGGUGAAAGAAACAUGUUGGUCUUGGUGUCAGAGGAGAUCUAUGGAACCAACAGUGAGUGGGAGACUUUUGAUGUCACCAGUGCCAUCAGACGUUGGCAAAAGUCAGGUUCAUCCACCCACCAGCUGGAAGUCCACAUUGAGAGCAGACACGACGAAACUGAGGGCACUGGCCGGGGACAACUGGAAAUAGACACCAGCGCCCAGAAUAAGCACGUCCCAUUGAUUGUCGUGUUUUCUGAUGACCAAAGCAGUGAGAAGGAAGAGAAAGAGGAACUGAGUGAAAUGAUCACCCAUGAGCAACUUCUGGAGCUGGACAACCAGGGCCUGGAUGGUUAUUCCAGUGGUCCUGGGGAAGAGGCUCUGCUGCAGAUGAGGUCAAACAUCAUCUAUGACUCCACUGCCCGCAUCAGAAGGAACGCCAAAGGAAACUACUGCAAGAGGACCCCGCUUUACAUCGACUUCAAGGAGAUUGGCUGGGACUCUUGGAUCAUCGCUCCGCCUGGAUAUGAAGCCUAUGAGUGCCGUGGUGUUUGCAACUACCCCCUGGCAGAGCAUCUCACACCCACAAAACAUGCGAUUAUCCAGGCCUUGGUCCACCUCAAGAAUUCCCAGAAGGCUUCCAAAGCCUGCUGUGUGCCCACCAAGCUGGAGCCCAUCUCCAUCCUCUAUUUAGACAAAGGCGUGGUCACUUACAAGUUUAAAUAUGAAGGCAUGGCUGUUUCUGAGUGUGGCUGCAGAUAGAAGAGGAUUAGUGUUGCUUAUUUAAUAACUGUAUAUGUGUAUAUUUUAUGUGCCUAUUUAAUAAGAUUAUUUAAUAAGGGUGUACAGAUCAUAGAGGUUUACUUAGGGAAAUGGACAGGUUGGUUUGUUGUAAGAAAUGCUUAUUUUGUUAUACAGUCUCAUUCCUUCUGAUCUGUGUUUCUCUGGAUUUGCCAUUUCCUGACAAUGCCACCUCCAACAGCAAAUGGCAAGAUCAUGCUAUUUUUCUUCUAUGUCGAUUUGAAAACAACAAUCCCUAAGCAGAGAUAUAGUGUCAAAAGAUAGAUUUAUGUGUAUGUAUAUGUGUACAUAUAAGCUUAUAAAGCUCUAUUGGUUCUAUAGAGGUAGAUUAGACUCAUACACAUGCAAAACUCAAUCAAAUAUGUAUAUAUUAAAAGCCAAUGGUAUGCUCUCAGUCACCUCUUCUCUGAGUAGGAGCUAUGUCAAGAUAAUUUGCACCAGGGAUUUCACCAUCCUAGGAAAUACUACGUUUCCUAAACAUUGUUGGGAAUGUAGGUGGGCUUUCAUCAGUUGAGUGUCUGCCAUCACUCAGAAUGGUAAAGGAUGUUGUAUGUGCGAGGAGAGGUGUUAUUUGAUGCAGAAACCAAAUGGGUUCAAGAGGUAGUGGCUUUAAGGUGCACUAGCAAAGAAUAAACCCAUCAUGGCACCAAUGUGGUCGAGGGAGCGGUGUCUGGUCAAGAAAGGAAAAAGUGGGGCUUCAGGGUGACAUCUGCUUCUGAGAUAAUAGGAAAGCAUGGCCAAUGUUGGCCUUUAUUGCUACAGAAGGUAUAGGAGGUGGGAGAGGGCACAUAGGGGAUGAGAGAAAAGGGAUCUGGAUGCUAUACCAGGAUGUGUCUGUAAAAUUAUAAGCAGUUCUAAUCAGAGAAUUAAAUUUUUUGGACAAAAUAAAAUUUUCAAAGAACAAGAGGGGAAAAACCAGAAGGGAUCUGUCUGUUGGUCUCUUCACUUCACUUCUUAACAUUUUUCUUCAAUUCUUAGUAUUUCCCCCUUGCCUCUGCACCUCUGUGUUUGUUUUGUCCACCCUUUUUCUUCCCUCUUUCUUCUUUGCCCCAGAGCCUCGUGUCUUUCUCCCAUUCCUCUGUCCCUUGUCUUCACUCGCCUUCAUUGCUCCAAUGUGACCUGGAGGGAUACCAGAAAGCAUUUCUUUCAAGAUGAGUGGAGUUAGUGCUCUAAUUUCUAGUUUCC